UUCACUUUGCUUGACGUAAUACAUUUUAGCGGGUUGUCCGACCGUUAAAACAAAUGAAUUUGUGCAGGUGCACGCCUUCAAAAUAUCAAUAGACUUCAAUAGUUGACACGCAGCACCACAAAACCGAGAGAGGGUGAAGGUCAGAGUUAACAUAAUGCAACCAGCACGUUCCCAGGCAGAGAAAAGGAAGCGCGUAGACAACACAAUAACCGUUUUUUCUCCAAGUUUUUUGGUUAUUUAACUUUGGAACAGCGAUCAUAUCUUGGAAGUACACUGGAUUAAUUUUUAACACUCUGUCGAGAUGUUUAUUAGUUCAUGUUUUUUUUUAAGUUCGACCAUGUUUUUACCAGGAGGCGAGCAGUAGUGUGAAGCUGGCCGCGAUAAGGAAACACUGCCGUUUUUGCCACUGUGGUAUUUGUGGGGUACAGCUGGAAGAGUUGUCCGUUUUUAAUGUCUAUAAAACUAAAGAUUUCACUUUCCCACAUUGCAUGGAUUUCUGAUAGUCGGUCGACAGUGUUUCGAGCUGGAUUUCUAUUAAUUUUGAAUUAAGUGAUGCGGUUUAGUAUUGUCUUGUUCAGACAUGUUAACAGAAGCUGUUUCGCCUGAGAUUUUUUUUUUUUUUUGAGAGCCACCCAAAUGUGAAAUACAACAUAAAUUAAGUCCCAUUAUCACGGUAGAAUUUGUUACUUUUUUAACGAAAUAGAUUCCGAUAUUCGGUCGGGUGUGUCCUGCUAAUUUGUUUGGGUUUAAUUUGUUCUAAAGCGACAAACACGCCUUACAGUACUAGUACAGACAUGACAGCUGUUGUAGGUCGAGUUUGGGGGUGGGUCAGUCCAGCCAAUCUGUACUCCACCUGGGGAAGCAAGACCAAACCAGAACAACCCUUGACAACUCUGAGUCAGACCCAAAGCAGGUGGGGUUUAUGGGGACUCACGUCCUGGGUUUGGAAGAGCAAGCUCAAGAAUGACCAAAAGACACUGGCUGAGGAGUACUGGGAGACAGAGGAGAAUGUCAAGCCUUUGGAAAUAGAAGAUCUGAGGGCGAUGAGGCCUGAGGUUGAGAAUGUGGCAGCCCAAAGCGCUUCACGCUGGUGGAGGAGGAUGCUUCCUUCCAGCUACAUUUUUUGGCCAGGAUGGUCAACAUCCACUGGACUACGACAACGGAAAUGUGCCGGGUGGAAUGAGGGCACGUGGGACAUGGAUGAAAUCGAUGGAGUGUCGGAUUACGGGACGCCUCCACCAUCUCCCAUGCCUCUCUCCCAUAAGCAAUCAGCAUUCCAGUUCUUCUCUCGCUCAUGGACGGGAGAAAUUCUUCCAGAACACUAUGAGAUUUGCUUUAAUUUCCUCCGCCACCUAUUUGACCUCUUUGUAGUGGCCUUUCUAAAAACAGUUUCCUCUCCGGCCAAGAUCAUUUUAGAGGUUUUGGGGGUGCAGGGGUCCCUGAAACUGUGGCUCCAUGGCAUGGCCAUGUUCUUGGUAUCGUCUCUCGGGAUGGCUGGACUGCUGUGGGCAGUACAGCAGUACCUGCUGCAGUUUGCUGUGAUCUAUGGUAUUGUGCAAGCUCUGGUCAUCUCUGUUAGUGUGCACCAGAGUGAAACUGUGGGAGAGGGGGAUGAUGGGAAAGGUGACGAUGAUGUCAAAGUGGGUGAGGAGGAGAAGGACACAUGGGACCAGAAUGAAACACAGCAGACCGUUGAUGAUAGCAACAAAGGAGUUAAACUAAGAAGUUAAUUUACAGAGAACAUUUUUAUUUUGGGUUUCUGAUAUGCUGAUGGUCCAAGAUAUUUGAUUUAAGAUUUGGCCACUUCAACACUGACCGAAAGGAAUGGGCACCAACACUGCACAAAGCCAAUGUGCGAUUGAAGUGAACACCAGCACCCCUUGAUCUACACAAAUUGAAAAUUUAAAUGACAAGUUUAGAUUUAUCCAAAAAUUACAAUUUUGGUAAGACUUAACAAUAAGGUUUCAUUUGUUAACAUUAGUUAACAAUUUCACCCAAUUUGACAUGCCCAGUUCCCAAUGUGCUUUUAAGUCCUCGUGGUGAUUCGCCUCAAUAAGGUUGGUGGAGGACGAAUCCCAGCUGCCUUCAUGUCUGAGACCAUUAACCCACGCAUCUUAUCAUGUGGCUUGCUGAGAGUGUUACCACGGAGACAUAUAGCUCAUGGAUGCUUCAUGUCAUCCACCGCGGCAUCAACGCACAACUCACCACGUGCCCCACCGAGAGCAAACCACAUAAUAGCGACCAAGAGGAGGUUACCCCAUUUGACUCUAUCCUCCCUAGCAACCGGGCCAAUUUGGUUGCUUAGGAGACCUGACUGGAGUCACUCAGCAUACCCUGGAUUCAAACUAGUGAACUCCAGGGGUGGUAGCCAGCAUCUUUACCACUGAGUUAUUAUGAUUAUAAGAUGGCACACCAGCGAAUGACUAAAAUCCAUCUACAGCAUGCCUCAUCCUUACUGUGACUACAGAAAACUGCCACAAGACAGCCUGCACUGUACACAUUGGAAAAACAGAAGAAACGUGUACAGAACAGAACACAUUGUCAGGGAAUCUCAUUGAGACUAUUAAAAAACUGCUUUUAUUUGAAUAUUGGGUUUCCAUAGGCUUAACCAGUUAGCUUAAAGGUUACAGACACAAGUUGUUUGUAAUUAAAAGCUUAAAUGUGAUCAACAGCUUUGCAACUCCACAUUGUAUGUUCUCGACAUCCGCAUGUGUCGCUUUAUUCCGUUUAUUAACCCUUUCUUACAGCGUCUUUAAAUUGUUAAUUUCCUUUCUUAAAUCACAAGUGCUUAAACUUUUAAUGAACCGAGUCCAUUGUAACUCCCAUCUGUUAUGCAGUCCAUUCGUGAAAUCAUUAGGUGAUUAUUUAAGGACAAUUAUAAAGGAACUGGAUACAAAACAUUCUUAAGCAACAUAUAGCAAACUAGAGCAAUACAUUACUCUGUAACCUGUUGAAUAUUAAUAUUCUUUUUCAUUCAAUCUGGUAGUAAUAUCUGUUUUAAAGUGGUUGCACAGUUUGUUUGUUAUAGCAUCUAUAUAGCAUUCUGUUUUUGAUGUAUAUUUAUGUUUGCACCAUCACAGCAUUAACUGCACCUUUUGUCAAUUUAAUUUGUAUUAUUGUUCUUCUUUGAUUCAUUUGUAUUGUAUUUGAUUAUUAUAUUGUUUUGUAUAGUUCUGUUGUGUCUCGCAGUAACCGGUACAUUGGCCAGUUCAGAGUGAAUCAUGGGUAAAGAAAUUAGAAGGGAUUUUGCACAUCUGUAUACUGAUAGCUGUAUAUGCAAUGCUUUAUAGAACAUUCGUGUCUCGCGCUUGCAAUAAUAGCUUUCUCUUCCAGAACGUGUUUCACAUGCUUUAUGCAUGAUGAGAUCAGCACAAUAAUACUCUUAAGCAAUGGAAAGCUUUUAACUUGUGACAUGGUUUUCUUUUGUGGUGAAUGGCAUUGUUUUCUCUAAGGUACUUGUGGAUACGUUUGUAGAUUUUUCAUGGUAAUUAUUUAAACAAUAUUUAGUGCCAAAAGUGUUUGUUUGUUUACCAUGAAUUAAAGCAAUGCAAGAGUACGUGGAGGUUUUUUAAAAGUCAUGAGUACGUUGAAGUGCGGGCCACUGCUGUAAUCAGACGGAUGUGAAUUUAAAUGUCUGCUGUAUUGUCUAUGGCCUGUUUGAGAGGAGAGUGAUGGAUGCACAUUUCCUAACUUUAACCAUUCUUGAGUGCUGUACACUGAGCCUUUAAUAGUCCUUACAGCUCAAAUAAAGUUCCUU